GCGCUUGGGCCCCGCGAGCUUCGGGCACGCGCGCUCCCUCCCCCUCGUUCGCGCGGGACCUGUGGCUUUGCAGACGACGCUGUCUCUGCCUCCCCCCUCCCUGCCUUUGCUGCAGUUUGAUCCACCCCGGGGUGAGGAGGGUGGAGCGAGAAGGAGCCGCUUUCCGCGCUCUCUCUCCCUGCUGCAGUGGGCUCUGCGCUGCAAUUGGAAGGCGCUGCCCCGCGACGCCCAUUCGCGGGGGCUCAGCCGAGGCUGCUGUUGCUACUGCGUCCUUCCCAUCUCCCCCACCCCCCGCCCCUCCUCUUGGCCCUGGGCAGCGCAGCCUCUCCCGAGCCCAGCCCCCCUGGACUGAGCCCCCAGUUGAGCCCUCCUCCUCUCCAGACGGCGCCGACAGCCUGUGGGAGCUGCAGCUGUGUCUGUGGCCCGGAGAGGGGUAGAGGCCUGCCGCACUCCUAUCUGCUCGCACCCCUGCACCCCUACACCCACACUCUUCCGCCUCACAUCCCAGUUCCUGCGCUCAUUCCCUAUCCCCAGCAUGUCGGCUCUGGAGUGGUACGCGCACAAGUCCCUAGGCGAUGGCAUCUUCUGGAUCCAGGAGCGCUUCUUCGAGUCGGGCAACCGCGCCAACAUCUGGCUGGUGCGCGGCACGGAGCAGGACGUGGUGAUCGACACCGGGCUGGGGCUUCGAAGCCUGCCCGAGUACCUGUACUCGGCUGGCCUCCUGCAGGACCCGGACAAAGGGGAGGACUUAGUGCGGCGGCCGCUGCUGGCCGUGGCUACCCACGUCCACUUCGACCACGCCGGCGGGCUCUACCAGUUUGACCAGGUAGCGGUGCACCGGGCCGAGGCGGAUGCCCUGGCCCGUGGGGACAACUUUGAGACCGCGACCUGGCUGUCGGAGAGCGAGGUGGUACGGGCUCCAAGCCCCGGCUGGAACGCCAGGCAGUUUCGAGUGCAAGCGGUGCAGCCCACCCACAUCCUGCAGGAGGGGGAUGUGAUCAGCCUUGGUGACCGACAGCUCACUGUCAUGCACAUGCCUGGUCACUCCAGGGGAAGCAUUUGCUUGCUUGACAAAGAUCGGAAGAUUUUGUUCAGUGGAGAUGUUGUAUACGAUGGAGCUAUGAUUGACUGGCUUCCAUACAGCCGAAUCAAUGAUUAUAUUGUUACCUGUGAGCGUCUGAUAGAAUUGGUGGACAGUGGCGUGGUAGAGAAGGUGCUUCCUGGGCACUUCAACACCUUUGGAGCUGAAAGGCUGUAUCGCUUGGCUUCCAACUAUAUUUCGAAAGCUGGCUUGUGUCACAAAGUUUCAACCUGCGCCAUGAGAUCUCUUGCAAGUUUAGCUCUGCGUGUAACCACCUCUAGAACCCCAUCCUAGUUUGUACAUAUUGGUUUAUCAUGUAAUUGAUACUUGUGUAAAACCAAGCAGUUUUGUGGUUGAAAUAAUUGAUUGUGAUCAUUUAAGAAGUGCUUUCUCAAUAUAAGGGGGGGAGGGGGGAGAUUUGAGAAGGAAAAAGCCAAAAGAGGGAGAUUUCUUAUUUUAACUUAUUUAUUUUCCACCAAAUAAUUAUAAUAAGCCUCUGAAAGAAGCUAAUAGCUUGCCAAAGCUGUUGCCUUUUAAAUGUUUGUGGGUUUUUGUUUUGUUUGUGGUCAUUGAAACUGUGGGAUGGUUGCAUGGGGAAGGCAUUUGGAGAAAAGGAAAGAAGAGUUAUCCAUACCUACUUUUGGAAACUCUCAUUUUAUUUCUUAUGUGCAUUAAAGUAAGGUGUUUUUAUUUUGUGCCCCAACCCUGACAUUUUCAGUAUUACAUUUAAAUUGAAAGAUGAAACUUCUUCACUUUAAAAUCCAUUUGAACUCAAUGUGAAAUAUAUAAUAUACCUAUUUAUGUGACAUCCAAAACAUUUCACUACUGUAGGGACUGGAUUCAUGUGUGCCAUGAUUUAUUUGUUCUUUGUGUAACUUAUUGAUGAAAUAGUCACUGUCUGUGGUGUGUUUAUUUUAUUUAUUUAAAAAAUAGUAAAGUGUAUUUGGGUUUGAUGCAAGACUUUAUAAAACAAAUGCUUCAUUAAUAAAGGCUGAAAAGAUGUUACAGUUGAGGUGUUGUAUUUUGCAGAUAGUGAGGUUUUAAGUGUGCAUAUUUAACUGCAAAUGUUUAGAUUUCUUGAAAGGACACUGUCAGGUAUACUUAAAAAAUAUAUAAGAUUUGAAAUAUUUUCCUUCUGGUCUGGAAGGAAAAGUAAAAACAGGCCUCAAGGCAUUCUUUCUUUGGGCAACACUUCAUAUGAAAUCAACUUUGGGACUCUUAUUUUUUUUUAAAUUGUAUAAUCUUGAAACAAACAGGUAUUCUACUUGGUCCUUUGUCCUAUGUUGCAUUAAAGGGCUUACCAAAUUAAUUUCAAAGUGUAAAUUAGAUAGUAAUCUUUUCCUGAUUCACAGAACUGAUUCUUUUCUGAUGGAUUUUGAACCACCUACAACCUUUGACUGAAAUGAAAAGAUCUCAUUUGCAGAGUCUACUCUCAACAAAAGCUAGACUGAUAUUUAGCAAUGCAUUUUGUGUGUGUGUGUGUGUGUGUGUAAGACUUUGGAGAAACUUAAAAGAAUUUUUGUAAACUCUUACUACUACCUUUCUAGUCCUAGCAUUCCUGAAUUCAAACAGUGACAGUUACAUGAAAUUCAGUUUUAGGAGUGCUAGACCAAGGGUUUCUGAAACAGUGUAAAACUCUCUCCUUUCCCAGAAAUUCUCCAUAUUCAUUUAUUUAAGCAGAAUUUAAGCAUCUACCAUAAAUACAGCACUAUGCUAGGCACAACGGGGAAAUGUAAUAGGAGUUAAAGAUGGGGUUCCUGCUCUCACAGAACUCAUAACCGAGCUAGAGCAAACAUACAACAGAGAAUAGGAUAGCAAUGCAAAGCAAGGAUAACAAUUAAUAGUAUACAUAAAUACUGAGAAAUAGAACAAGCAAGUAAUGUUUAUAGUGUAAGGUUAGCCAGAGAAAGUUUGAGGAGAGAUGAAUAAUGAGCAAGAUUUUGAAAGAAGGGAUGGUUGUAGAUUGGUGUAUUACUUCUUUAUAUCAAACAUCCCCUGUGCUGAUUAAACAGGUUUAAUAGAACAUUUUCAGUAUGGUCAGUAUUCCUGAUUAUUGGGGGAGUAACAAGAGACAACAAUACUGCUUUAUGGAAGAGCCUAAAAAAAUGAAUUUUUUUCUACCUUGUUUUCUUGUAGCCAUAUAAGUAAUUAAAGACAAGGAAAUUGGGGGGUUCAAGGCUAUGCACAACUCUUAUUGUGGUUUUCAUAUCCUCACUAACCACCCACACAGAGCCAUAAUGCUCAUAAUCUGGAAUCAAAGAAACCAGACAGUUGUUUGAGUACAUACAAAUAAAGAUUCUCUCUGUACUGUGUGAUCUCUUGCAAGCACAGCUCUUUGUGUAAGAAGGAUCAAGUCCUAAUCUAAAUUGACCUUUCUUGUAAUUGACUCUAUAAAUUAAAACUAAGUAAUUUUGUAGUCUUUAAAAAUAACUCAGUGUCAUCAAAAAAUGUUUUAAUAUAAACUAGUGAAGAUAUCAUUGGACCUUGCUUAGAGUGAUCAUUUUUAAAGACAGCUUUUCUAUUAGACUGGACUUUGAAGCUUAUAUAUGAAUAUUAAGAAUUUCAAUAUUAUAUUGAGAAUUAUUGUGGUAGUAUUGGGGAUGCUAUGAGUAAAAUUAUUAGAUGGCUUUAAGAAGAGCCAUUAUUUUUACAUUGGUUAUAAAAAUAGUAAAUUCCAAACCUAUAAAUCACUGAAGACCCUAUUAGCUGAUAGAGUUUUAUAUUAUUUUCCCUUGAAGAAGUAGAGGUUUUAGGCUUACGGUUACUUGUAAUGAGAAUGUCUAAAAUUCUUUAGGGAAUGAGGGUGCUUAUUUGGUAGGAGAAUAAAGUUUCACAACAUUUGAAUUGAUGUAUUUUAAGCAACAUUAUUCAAGAUUGUAUUACUGUACUACUGUUGAAACUUGUGAAGAGUCUGGCUAAUGGCCAGCUCAGUGGAACAAACUUGACAAAGUGUAUUUUUACUCUCCAUGAUGUGGAGUGUGCCAAUAGUAAAACAGGUGAAAAAACCCAAAGCAUUUUCCUAAUAUAUGUUAAUUUUUAAUAUGUAUAUUUUCACCCUGACAGUGACCCUUUAAUGUUGACAUAAUUUAUUACUUUAAAAAAUGUUGAAUUGUAAGUCGUAAAAAUUGAAAAUAUUUAGAAAUCAUUUUUACUCUUUAAAUUGGUAGUGCUGUGUCUUUGGUAAUCCAGUUUCCUUACUGACUUUUUUUUUCAUAUAAAAAAAGUAAAGAAACUUUGAUCUCUUUUUUCCGUCAACUGUAAACUAUACAUAAUUGAUGUUAAAAUAAAAAUGUUAAGCAUCUUUGUUCUUGGAUGUAAUAUGAAUGUAAUAUUCUCAGACUGUCUGCUUGUAGUUUUCAGAUGACUGUAAUUUAAAACAUAUAAUAAAUAUUUAAAGGGAUAUAGUAUUUCCUUGAAAUUCA